AUGUCUUUCAAUAAGAAAUAUGCCGGCCUUCCUGAUCUGGACCCAUCCCCAGAUAUCUAUGAAACCCCCGACUUGACCGACGAAGCAUCCACCUUGCCUACUGCUACUAUCCGCACAGAAUCCGAUCACGAUGAUGCAGGCUCAAGCCCCGACAUCGACCGCGAGGGUGUCAACGCGGACCAGGCGCGUAUGCACUUCAUGGGCGCGGCCGUGGACGCCCGCGACGUCAAUUUCUCAGAUAGCAUUUCCCAGAAGCGGCAGGCAUAUCGGAGCAAGAGUAUGAGCCGCCGCCGCCGGAGAAGACGCGAGGAUGGGGUAGAGGAGGUCGGCGAUCUCAGUGACAGCGAGGACGAGUCACUUGAUCGGAGGCUUGCACGGCUUCGGAGGGAGGUCGAAGAUCUCAAGGUGGAGAUGGCCAACAAAAAGGAUAGCGCAGAAGCUGGAAACGAAUCGUCGCAAAGUGGCGCGGCAGCUGAAAAAUCAGGAGAGAACCUAGGCGACGGCGUUGCGGAGCUGAGCCGAGCUCUGGACAAUCUACACGCCUCAAGAGAUGCGGCGAGCUCAUCGCACUCGGCUGCAGCUUUGCUUUCGCAGAAGCUUGCACCCCAGAUUCGCUCUGCUAUAGACGCAAAGACACAAUCCUCGGUCGAUGCAUCAAAGGCAGCCUCCACAGUGCCGGCCCAAACUUCCUCUUCAGCAGGGAUCCUCUCUCACGCAGCAGCAUUCGACAGCCGUCUGGCGCUUCUCGAAAGCUCCAUGGGUAUCUCAGGUUCCUCCAACCCCUUCAUUGCCGAUGGCAUCAACGAGUCAACGUCACACGCAGUCCUCCCAGCUCUAGACCAGCUCACCUCCCGCCUCUCCGCACUCACCGGACUUCUCGUCGGCACGAAUCCAGCAUCCACAGCCCCAAGAGUAGCCAAUGCCGCUCCAGGAAUGACAACCCCACAUCUGGAAGCUCUCUCCACCCGAGUCCGAAAGUUAACCACCGACGCUGAAGCGCUCACCGCAGCCCGCAGAAAAGCCUUUGAAGCCGCAAAGGCCGUCCACAACGCCCGUCUAGCAAGUUCCGACGCCGACGUCAUCCCCGCACUAGAAGCAUCAACCGACGACGACCACGUAGCCAAGAUCCAAGCCCUCUACACAACCCUCCCAACAAUCCAAUCCCUGCACCCCCUGCUCCCAAGCGUCCUUGAGCGUCUGCGCUCUCUGCGCGCCUGCCAUGCCGGCGCAGCCCACGCUGCAGACUCACUCAACGAGCUUGAAAAGCGCCAUGCUGAGAUGGCAUCGGAGAUCGAGCAGUGGCGCGAAGGUCUGACGACCGUUGAAGAGAAGAUGCAGCAUGGUGAAGCUGCUCUCCGCUCUAACGUGGAGGUUGUCGAGCCCUGGGUGCGUGACUUGGAGUCUCGCUUGGCGCGUCUGGAAGGCCAUUCGGCACUGUGA